AUGGCGGUAGCUGAGAAGCAGGACGCCGAGAAGGCGGCGGCGGCGGCGGCGGAGGCAGCUCCUCCAGCGGGCGAAGAGCCCAAGAAGACGGAAGAGAUCAAGGCGCAAGAAGAGGCCAAGGAGGAGCCUGAGGGCGGUUUGCCGUUCACCAAGCAGUUCUUCAUCUACUUCCGUCUCCUCUUCGCCGCCGACCCGACAUGGUUCGACUACGCGCUCGUGGCCUUUGGCACCAUCACGGCCAUCGGCGCCGGCGUGCCGUUCCCGCUCAUGGGCAUCAUCUUCGGCCAGCUCGUCGACAACAUGAACGCCGCCACCUGCGCCGCCGACGGCACCACGACGGGCGUCGACCCCUUCGCGUACGAGGCCGCCAUCAACCAGAAGGUCAUCCAGACCGUCUACGUCGGCGUCGCCGCCCUCUGCCUCAUCUACAGCUACAUCCUCUCGUGGAGCAUCAUCAGCCAGCGCAUCGCCCAGCGCCUGCGCACAAAGUACGUCUCGGCCCUGCUGCGCCAGCCGCCCUCCUUCUUCGACAAGCGCGCCGCCGCCGGCGAGGUCUCGAGCCGCCUGCACGGCGACAUCACCGCCAUCCAGUCCGGCACCUCGGAGAAGGUCGGCAUCGUCAUCUGCAGCCUGAGCUUCUUCGUCACCGUCUUCAUCAUCGCCUUCACCAAGCAGCCCAAGCUCGCCGGCAUGCUCAUCUCCAUGUUCCCGGCCUUCAUGCUCUCCUCCUUCGUCGGCGGCGGCUACAUCACCCGCAACGUCGGCCGCAUGACCGAGGCCGUCGGUAAAGCCUCCUCCAUCGCGUCCGAGGCGCUGUCCCACAUCUCCGUCGUCCAGGCCUUUGGUGCCGGCCCGCGCCUCGAGGCCAAGUUCGCCGACCACAUGAUCACCGCCCGCAAGGCCGGCAUGAAGAAGGCUGCCGCCGCUGCUGUCCAGGCCGGUCUCCUGUACUUUAUCGCCUACGCCGGAAACGCCCUGGCUUUCUGGCAGGGUAGUAUCCGCAUCGCCGACUCCAUGGCUGGCCGUGGCGACGGUGCCACUGUUGGUGAGAUUUACGCAGUUGUCUAUCUGCUUGUUGAUGCCUGCAUCAUGCUCGGCUCCAUCGCCCCUAUUCUCCCCCUUCUCGGAGGUGCCUCGGCCGCGUACCAGCGUCUGUGGGAAGACAUCCAGGCGCCCUCGGAGAUCGACGGCACCUCGGACGAGGGCAAAGUCCUGCCCCUGGACGACCCCAAGGGCUUCGAGCUCCGCAACGUCACCUUUGAGUACCCGUCGAGGCCCGGCCAGCCCGUCCUGCGCAACGUCGACCUCGAGUUCCCUGCCGGCAAGUACACCGCCGUCGUCGGCCUCUCCGGCAGCGGCAAGUCCACCAUCGCCGCCCUGCUCGCCCGUCUCCAGGACCCGAACCAGGGGGAGAUCCUCCUCGACGGCCACGACAUCCGCACCCUCAACGUCCGCAGCCUCCGCAGCUUCAUCAGCUUCGUCCAGCAGGAGCCCUCGCUGCUCGACCGGUCCAUCCUCGAGAACAUCGCCCUCGGCCUCAUCAACUCGCCCAAGCCCGAGCACGAGCGUCUGAAGCCCUACCUCAGCGGCGGCCAGCUCGCCGAGCUCGCGUCCAAGGGCAAGGACGCCCUGUCGGCGGUGAACAACUACGGCCCCGAGAUCCAGGAGAUCGUCGACCUCGUCCGCCACGCGGCCGAGCAGGCCGACGCCGCCACCUUCAUCAACCGCCUCGACGACGGCUACGGCACCUCGGCCGGCCCCAGCGGAACCCUCGUCAGCGGUGGCCAGCGUCAGCGCAUCGCCCUCGCCCGCGCCCUCAUCCGCGAUCCCAAGAUCCUCGUACUCGACGAGGCCACCUCGGCCCUCGACUCGGCCAGCGAGAAGCGCAUCCAGCGUGCCGUUGAGCAGGCGGCGACCGAAAACCGCACCAUCGUCUCCAUCGCCCACCGCCUGUCAACCAUCCGCAACGCCGACAACAUCGUUGUCAUGGACGCCGGCCAGGUCGUCGAGCAGGGCACUUACACGGACCUGAUGGCCCGCGAGGACGGCGCCUUCGCCCGCAUGGCCAGGCUGCAGAGCGUCGGCACGACCGAGCGCGCUCCCGACGCCGGCUCCGCCUCGGGCGACUCGCUGGAUGCCUCGACGCUCAAGGACGACCACGUCGUCAUGAGCGAGAAGACCGACGAGCACCACGUUGCCGCCAAGAGCCUGAAGCAGACCAAGUCCGGUGAAAAGGGGAGCAGCGACGGAGACGACGACGACGAAGAGAAGAAGAAGAAGAAGGACGAAGAGUCCGAGAUCGCCGGCCUCGACGCGGCCAAGCCCUACAGCACCGUCCUCAAGGGCCUCGGCCGCCUCAUCCGACCGUCGCUGCUCUGGCUCGUCGUCGCCAUGAUCGCCGCCACCAUCGUCGGCGGCACCUUCACGGGCUCCGGCCUCAUCUUCGGCUUCACCGUCGGCGCCCUCAACCCCUGCGCCAGCAGCGUCGACCGCAUCCUGUCCAUGGGCCGCUUCUUCUCGGGCCUGCUGUUCGGCCUGGCCUGCAUCGAGCUCUUUGCCAACUUCUUCGCCUGGUCCUGCUUCGGCGUCGUCGCCGAGAAGCUCCUCUACUCCGUCCGCGUCCUGUCCUUCCGCUCCCUGCUCGACCAGGACGUCCAGUGGCACCAGUCCGACGGCCGCAGCGCCGACGGCCUGUUGACCAUCAUCACAAAGGACACGGCCGCCAUUGGCGGCUUCAGCGGCUCCACCAUCGGCACCGUCUUCGCCAUCUGCGUCAACGUGCUCGUGGCCGUGAUCCUGUCCCACAUCAUCGCCUGGAAGAUCGCCAUCGUCUGCCUCGUCACCAUCCCCUUGCUCCUGGGCUCCGGCUUCAUGCAGCUCCGCAUGCUGGCCCGCUACGAGGAGCGUCACUCGGCCGCCUUCUCCAACGCCACCUCGGUGGCCACCGAGGCCGUCCAGUCCAUCAAGACCGUCGCCGCCCUCUCGCUCGAGAGCCAGGUCAUGGACAACUACGCCCGCCUUCUGGCCCCGCCGCAGAAGCAGAUGGUGCGCGCCUCGGCCUCGACCAACAUCUGGCUGGCCAUCGCCAACUCCACCGGCACCUUUGUCAACGCCCUCGCCUACUGGUGGGGGACCCAGCUCAUCAUGCGCGGCGAGUACACCCAGACCCAGUUCCUCAUCAUCCUCGUCGCCAUGCUCGUCAGCGCCCAGCUCUGGGGCACCAUGUUCUCCCUCGCCCCCGAGUUCUCGCGCGCCCGUUCCGCCCUGUCGCGCAUCAUGUCCGUCAUCAACCUCGGCAAGGACGACGACCUCAGCAAGACCGGCACCCAGCCCAAGCAGCUCGCCGGGGACUCCAAGGCCGAGGAGGACGUCGAGGCCACCGGCGAGGUCAAGGCCAAGCGGCCCAACGCCGGCGGCGUCAGGGUCACCUUCAAGAACGUCUCCUUCGCCUACCCGAGCCGCCCGGACAUCAACAUCCUCGACAACGUCUCCUUCACCCUGCAGCCCGGCCAGUUCUGCGGCCUGGUCGGUCCCUCGGGCGCCGGAAAGUCCACCAUCAUGAACCUCGUCCAGCGCCUCUACUUCCCGUCCCAGGGCCAGGUCCUCAUCGACGGCCACGACAUCGCCGACCUCCCGCCCUCCUUCCGGGACACCGUCGCCAUCGUGCCCCAGGACCCGACCCUGUUCGACGGCAGCGUCCGCUUCAACGUCGGCCUCGGCUCCGCCCCCGACACCGAGGCGACCCAGGCCGAGAUCGAGGAGGCCUGCAAGCUGGCCAACAUCCACGACGUCAUCAUGGCCCUGCCCGAGGGGUACGACACCGAGUGCGGGCCCUCGGCCUCCCGUCUCUCCGGCGGGCAGAGGCAGCGCCUGGCCAUCGCCCGCGCCCUCGUGCGCAAGCCGCGUCUGCUGCUGCUCGACGAGAGCACGAGCGCCCUGGACGCCGCCAGCGAAGCCGCCCUCCAGGAGGGCCUCGAGCGCGCCUCGCGCGGCACCACCGUCCUCGCCAUCACCCAUCGCCUGCACACCGUCCACAAGGCCAACGUGAUCCUGCUCGUCGAGGGCGGCCAGAUCGCCGACAGCGGAACGCACCAGGAGCUGAUGGAGAGGAGGGAAAGCUACAGAAUCAACGCCAUGCAGCAGAUGUUGCAGUGA